AUAAAUCAAACGUCUGAAAGACCGUGAUUUCUUGUGAUUCACUUUGUCUAUAUUUUUAGACAUUUAAAGUCCCAUUGUUUAAUUUAGAAAACACCAAUGUUUUCAUUCAUUUCUAGGAAUGAUAAUUGUCUAAUAUUCCAGUUUUAUUUUCUUGAACAUUUGCACACUAUCUUUUUUCAAACAUUAUAAUAACCAAGAUCAUUUUGAAGAAUAUGGACAGAAACAAAAACCAAAAAGAAAUGUCGUAGCAGUAUUAUUAGAAUUCCCAUGAGCUACCAUAUGUCUAUUUCGUUUUAUGGAUUUUUUCCAACAUGUAAUUGUUUCUGAAUCCCCAUAUUUCACAUCCAUAUGUCAGAAUUGGAAGUACAAGUGCAUCAAAGAGUUGUAAUUACAUAAUUCCAUGAUAUGGCAGCUUAUUCUGCAAGUCGGAGCUCAGUAGAUCUAGCUAUAGAUCCUUUGAUUACUUGUCGUCUUUGUCUUGUGGAAUGUAGUUUGCAAGACAUGUAUGAACUCAGAGAUUGUAAAUGUCUGUACUGUGAAAAGUGUGUGAGAAUGUAUCUAACUGUUUUGAUAACAGAUGGAAAUGUCUUAUAUAUAACAUGUCCAGAUGCUAUGUGUAAGAAAUCUGGACAAAUUCAGCCAUUAGAGAUUGAAAGUUUAGUUGAGCCAAAUAUGUUUGAAAGAUAUAAAAGAUUAAAAUACCAAAAAGAGAUAGAUUUAGACCCAAACAGAACAUUCUGUCCAGAAAAUGGUUGUGAGACAAUUUGUCAUGUGUGCAGUACAUCUACAGGGGAAACUAGUACUAGACCUACUCCAGUGGAAUGUCCUUCUUGUGGUUUACAAUUUUGUUCUAUAUGUAAAUCAAAGUGGCAUGGAGCACAAACUUGUGAUGAAGUUAUGUUGCAUGGGAAACAUGAAGAUUUUGGUAUUCCAUACACCAACACAGAAGAUGCUAGUAUAAAAAGAUGUCCUGUGUGUCAUGUACCAAUAGAAAGAAAUGAUGGCUGUGCACAGAUGAUGUGUAAACGAUGUAAACAUGUAUUUUGUUGGUAUUGUUUAACAUCAUUAGAUGAUGAUUUUUUAUUACGACAUUAUGACAAAGGACCAUGUAAGAACAAACUUGGUCAUACCAGAGCAUCAGUUAUAUGGCAUAGAACUCAGGUUGUAGGAAUAUUUGCUGGGUUUGGAGUUUUAUUGUUAGUUGCCUCCCCUUUUCUUCUGUUAGCAGCUCCAUGUAUAUUGUGUUGUAAAUGUAAAGUAUGUAAAUGUUGUGAAGAAGAGGAUGAAGUUUUACCAACAUGAUUAAGAAUACAGAUGAAAAUAAAACCAUAUCAUAUAUAUAUAUAUAUAUAUUAUUUAUAGCCCAACAGUAGGGAACUUAGUAAACAGCUGUGAUAAACAUUGUCUAAUAAGCAAUAUCAUAGGAGAUAUUACAGUUGUGUGUUGGAAGAGAUAAUAUUCUUGCAGGCAGUAAAAACACAACAUUGAAACAUUAUAAGAUAUCAUUAUUCAUUCAUAUGUUCCAUGCUGGUCAAGGAGUUGUAUGUGAUGUACUGUUUUGAUAUAAAGAUUAUUUUAUGCUGUUUACAUAUUGUGCUAAUACUCUUCACAUUUCAUAUGAUAUUGAACAGGAGUAACCAUUAUUGUUUGUUAAACUUUUUAGAUCUGAUAUUCAUUUACAGUUAUUAUUUCUGUCACAGAUAUUAACAAAAUAUUAUAAUGGGUGUUAAUGGUGUGUAAAUGUCCUUGUUUACAGUUGAUAAAUACAUUGUUAAGAAUUAGGGAAUAUAAAAAAAAAGAUUAAUGCAUUCACUGUUAAAGAAUGGUGUGGGGUCAUUUAAAGCUGUGGUUAUGUAACUAUAUUUAUGAUUAUAAAAUCAACUCAAAAUGGUAGCUGUCAAACUAUUUUAAAACAGAAAAAUGUUAUACAUAUCAGACAAUUGCAGACAUUUUUAGAUGAACUUUUACACAAUUUUGGUGUUUAGAAUUAGAGGCAAAUUUUGAACAUGCAUUAAAAAGUAUUAUUUUAAUUCAAUAUACUCACUUUCUGAGUUAUUUCUUUGAGUCUAUAAGGAAUAAUUUUCACAGAGAAUGGAAUUGCAGGGUCUAUUUAAAGCCUUCCCUAUCAAGUAGAAUAAGAAAUAUUACCAUCACUCUCUUAAUUUAUGUUAGAAUAUUUGUUCACCGACCUAUAUGCCAGUUAAGUAAUUAAUGAUUUAAUAUUCAAUUUAAUACUCCUACACGUGUAGUUCAAAUACUCAUUUUCCUGGAACAUAUAUAAUAUACAUAUCUGUUGCCAUUAUUGGUUGGAAAAGUUUUAAUCAUAGUAAAACUGCUUAAUUUUUAAUGUGCCUCUCAACAUUUCAAUCAAUUAUGGCUAUGAAUUAAUUGUGAGACUUUCAAUAUCCAAACAGCAUUUUUUUUUAUGGUAUGCAUCAAAUGUUCAUACAAUGUAGCUACUUUAUAAUAAUAGUGUAUAUACAGCUUAUUAUAGAUCACAAGAAUAUAGCUGUAUCUCUCCUAUUAAUAUCUUUCAAAUGACUAUUUUCCCAAUAGAUAUCAUGUCCAAAUGACUAUAUCUUUCUUAUAAAUUGAUGUCCAAAGGACAAUAUUUUUUCUAUAGAAAUCAUGUCCAAAUAACUAUCUUUCCUAUAAAUAUAAUUUCAAAAUUACUGUAUCUUUUCUUUAAAAUUCAUGUCCAAAUGAUAAUAUCUUUCCUAUAAAUAUCCUUUCAUAAUGAUAUCUUUCCUAUAAAUAUCCUUUCA